UCAGUAUUCUGGCUGCGACGGAAGCUUUUCUUUUAUGUUCUUUGAUUCAAUUCAAUGGCGCCGCCGAAGAGCACCGGAGGAGGAGUUAAGGGGAAAUAUGUUGCGGCGGUGGCUACGUCGACGAGGCAGACUCGAAGCAUGGCUCGCCAGACUCGGAGCCAAACUAAGGGACGCGGGGGUGGUAACUCGACAUCCUCCAAGCUCAUGAACUUCGAGUCUCCCGAGAAGAGGAAAAGGAAGACGAAAGCCAAGGAAGGUGGAGCGGCGACGAAGAAGAUCAAGAAAGAAAAAGAGGAAGCUGUGGUAGAAGACCACGUAGACGAAGAAGAAGAAGAAGAAGAAGAAGAAGAAGAAGAAGAAGAAGAAGAAGUCUCUGAGAAAAAGACGAUCGUGAUCGAGCACUACAAACAACACAAAUCAUUCAAGGAGAGAGCCAACAAGGUGAAGGAAGGUCUGGAGAAUGCUGUUCCUGGCAUCAUUGUCACUCUCAAUCCUCUUAAGCCAAGGCGUGGAUGUUUUGAGAUUCGAGAGGAAGGCGGCGAAUCAUUCAUCACUCUUUUGGAUAUGAAGAAACCAUUUACACCGAUGACGGAACUUGAUAUGGAAGAGGUCGUCUCUAACAUCGUAGAGAGGAUUAAAUGAGAGAGGCUUCUCUGCACAUAGGGCCCGCUGCGUAAUCAAAUAGGCGCGCUUCAAUAUAUCUAACUCUCUCCUAGAGCAACCAACUGUGCAUUCUUUUUUUUUUAGGCUUUCCUUUUGAUACUUUGGUGAAAACUCUUUAGAGUGUUUUGUCAUUUUGUUGGGCUUACUUGGAUAUGUGCAUUUUCUGGAUGCUAAAACUACAUUAUUAUAUGUUUUGGUUCAUCUGAAA